AUGUCUAGAUCUGAAGAAGAUGAGGGUUUGGAGAAAACAACUGCUUCAAAAGAACCAGGCAUUGUUGACAUAGACUCAGACUUUUCCAUUUCAUGUCAACCGCAACAGUCACUCAACGUCGAUGAGGACGACGAUGAGGACGACAAUAACAACUUUGAACCCCACUCAGGUGGGGGCUUUGAUCUCAUCUCGGGUCAUCAUCAAAACUCCGGUGAUAUGGCCUCACGCUGCCCCAGAGGCCGACCACCUAGCUCGAUGAACAAGCCAAAGUCAUCGAUGAUCAUCACACGAGAGAGCGCAAACACUCUCUGGGCCCACAUCUUGGAGGUCGGAAGCUGCUGCAACGUCUUUGACUUUGUCGCCACCUAUGCCCGGAAGCGGCAGCGUGGGAUUUGUGUCCUCAGCGGAAGCGGCACCGUCACCAACAUCACGUUUCGGCAGCUCGCCGCAGCCGGAGUCGUGGUGACCCUCCACGGAAGGUUCGAGAUAAUUUCCCUUUCAGGAUCGUUCUUGCCCUCGCCUGCGCCACCGGCCGCCACCAGCCUCACUGUAUUUUUGGCCGGUGGACAAGGUCAGGUGGUUGGUGGGAAUGUUGUUGGAGCCCUAAUUGCAGCCGGUCCAGCCAUUGUGAUAGCUUCCUCUUUUACGAACGUGGCAUAUGACUCAUUUUUUCCAUUGGAAGAGAGAGAGAGAGAGAGAGAGAGAGAGAGAGUUUCUGAGGAGAGAGAGAGAGGGGCUCGGGUAAAAUGAAAGGCUGAAGCCUUUUAUUUUAUUUUAUUUAUUUAUUUAUUUUUAAAAAUUACACUUGGACCCAAAAUACUAAAAUUCUUUUCAAAUAAGCCCUUUAGCCAAACUUUCUUAAUUUUAUAAAAAUCUCCAAUUAAAAUUAUAUGACAUUUGGGUCCAAUACUUGACUACUCAAGUUUCUCUUUCUUUAAUCUCAUUAAAAACAUAAAAUCAUAUUUUAAACACUAUUUUUCCAUUACUAUUUCUUAAUUUGUAAAGUUGUACAUUUUAUGUAUUAAAACUUUGAUUUAUAAUAAAUAAAUGUAUUAUGAAAAUGUUGGAUAUUACAAUCCUUCCCCCGU